UUCCCACCGCAGAAAUGUUGGGAAACACAGAUGAGAUGAAGGGAGACAAACACAGGGAGAUCUCCACAUUAUCGUCAUCGCUUCUAUAUACUAUAUAUACACAUCUAUAGGACUGCUGUUACAAUGAAACUUAUACACCGAUCGGAAGACUGAAGAAGGCGCUGAAGAGAGAAGAACGGAACGAGCUCUGAGAAUGGACUCUUCAUUCAUUCAUAUUCUGUUUGGAUUGUGUCUCAACAUUCAGCUGGUGAAAUGCACCUCGCUGUGUUCAGUUAGCGGUUUACUUGCCGACUGCAUAAAUAGGGGUCUUCACCAGGUGCCGCAUCUGCCCGCGCACGUCAUCUAUGUAGAUCUGAGUUUUAACAACAUCCGUGAGCUCAAUGAAUCGUCAUUCUCUAAUCUGGACGGUCUGCAAUACCUCAGAAUGGAUCAGCAAACACCAGGACUCGUGAUCAGAAACAAUACAUUCAGAAGACUCUCAAAUCUUCUAAUUCUAAAACUGGAUUACAACCAGGCGCUGCAGAUAGAGACAGAAGCGUUUAAUGGAUUACAUCAUCUGAAAACUCUCACCCUCACACAGUGCGGUUUAGAUGACUCCGUUCUGUCCGGUGACGUCCUCAAACCGCUGGUGUCUCUCCAGAAGCUUGUUUUGCGUGAAAACAACAUCGAGAGAAUCCGUCCCGCACCUUUCUUUAUAAACAUGAGAAGUUUGAACAUUCUGGAUCUGUCUGGCACAAAAGUGAAGAGCAUCUGUGAGGAAGAUCUCCUGAACUUUCAGGGCAAACAUUUUACACAUUUCAUCUUGUCCUCGAUGAAACUACAGAACAUGAAUCAGUUCUGGUCAGGAUGGGACAAGUGUGGAAACCCGUUGAAGAACAUGUCCAUAGGUACACUUGACCUCUCUAGAAACGGCUUUGAAGUGAACAUGGCCAAGAGAUUUUUUGACGCCGUCACUGGAACCAAAAUCCAAACUCUUGUUCUCAGUAGCAGCAGCAUGGGAAGCUCUUUCGGUUUUAAGAAUUUGAAAAAUCCAGAUAGAUUCACAUUCAAAGGACUGAAUGCAAGUUGCGUAAAGAUUUUGGAUCUAUCCAAGUCGUAUAUUUUCGCUCUGCAGUUUUCCGUCUUCAGUUCUUUGUCAGACUUAGAACAAAUGACAUUAGCACAAAAUGAGAUCAACAAGAUUGACAACGAUGCGUUUUUAGGCACCACAAGUUUAUUAAAGCUAAACCUGUCCAGAAACUACCUGGGUGCUAUUGAUUCUAGAACCUUUCAGAAUCUAGACAAACUUCAAGUGCUCGAUUUGUCGUAUAACCACAUACGAGUGCUCGGAUAUCAGUCGUUUCAAGGGCUCGCCAAUUUACUUCAACUUAACUUAACCGCAAACAGUCUCGAAUCGGUGCAUGAAUUCGCAAUCUUACCAAACCUAGAGAAGCUCUACUUGGGGGAGAACAGAAUUACGUCAUUGUACAUGAUACCAAACAUUGCAAAAAAUCUCACAACUCUUGACCUGGAAUUUAACAAACUAACUGACCUGUCGGAUGUGUACACAAUAGUGCAGGGAUUUCCAAACAUCGAAAAUAUCUUUCUUCAAGGUAACACGUUUUUCAAAUGUCACCAUGAGAGAAAUCAGACGACGUUUGUUUCAGGCAAACUUCAACUCCUUCAUCUUGGGAUUUCAUCCAUAGAGGUCAUCUGGUCAGGUGGAAAAUGUUUAGACGUCUUCGAGCAUCUUCAUCACUUACAGCAGCUCUCUCUGAGCGGCAACUUUCUCCAAUCCCUCCCUAAAAACAUCUUCAAGGAUCUAACAUCUCUGACCUUUCUAGAUUUGUCCUUCAACUCUUUAAAGUACCUCCCCACUGGUAUAUUCCCCGAAAGUCUACAGAUUCUUAAUCUGGAAUAUAACUCCAUUUAUUCAGUGGAUCCGCAUCUCUUUGGUUCUCUCACGCAUCUCAGUCUGAAACAAAACCAGUUCCGGUGUGACUGCACCCUGAAGGACUUUCAGACGUGGCUAAAUGAGUCUAGAACCAUCCUCGUUCAUCCUGCUGAAGACGUGACGUGUGCCAGUCCCGAAGAUCACUACAUGAUUCCUGUUUUGAGUUCCAGCAUACAAUGUGAAGACGAGGAGGAUGAAAAGGGCGUUGAAAAUCUGAGAUGUGUGCUUUUUAUUGUCUGUGCGGCCUUCGUCGUGUUACUCACCGCCAUCACCAUCAUUUACAUCCGUCGCCGUGGUUACGUCUUUAAGAUGUACAAACGACUCACAGCCAAGCUCGUGGAUGGAAAGCGAGAGGAUCCCGAAGCGGAUAGAUUCUUGUACGACGUGUACGUCUGCUUCAGUUCCGAUGAUAUAAAGUGGGUGGAGAAAGCACUGUUGAAGCAACUGGACUCGCAGUUCUCGGAUCAGAACGUCCUUCACUGCUGCUUUGAGGAGCGAGACUUCAUACCCGGAGAGGACCAUCUUACCAACAUGAGAAACGCUAUUGAGAGCAGUCGGAAAACACUCUGUGUGGUGUCGGAGCGCUUCUUGAAGGACGGCUGGUGUUUGGAAACCUUCACACUGGCGCAGAAAAAAACAGAAGAGGAGUUAAAUGAUAUUCUGCUUGUGUUGGUGGUGGGAAACAUCCCCCCGUACAGGUUACUCAAAUACAGACCGAUAAGAUCACACAUCGAGAACAGAAGAUUCCUCGUGUGGCCGGACGACAGUCAGGAUUUACAGUGGUUUUAUGAGCAGCUUAUACACAACAUCAGAAAAGACACAAAGAUUAAACAAACAGAGGAAAAAGCAGACGGGAGAGAGACUGAAAUGGUUCAUAUAGACACUGCAGUGAAAAUAAAAAUUAUAGCAAAUCGCUCAGGAGCUUUCAGAAUGACACCAAGACAAACAUCAUCCCUGACCACAGUCGUAUUAUACAUCAGCCUUCAGAUUGUAAAAUGCACUUCAGUGUGUUUAAUAGAUGGCUCUGAGGUUCACUGCACAGAUCGAGGUCUUCAACAAGUGCCGGAUCUGCCGACAUAUACCAUGUAUGUGGAUCUGAGCAACAACAACAUUACUGAACUCAACGAAACAUCCUUUUCUCACCUUGAGCGUCUGCAAGUCCUCAUACUAAAGCGUCAAACACCAGGACUCACGAUCAGGAACAAUACAUUCAGAAGACUCUCAAAUCUAACCUCACUUCAUAUGGAUUACAACCAGGCGCUGCAGAUAGAGACAGAAGCGUUUAAUGGAUUACAUCAUCUGAAAACUCUCACCCUCACACAGUGCGGUUUAGAUGACUCCGUUCUGUCCGGUGACGUCCUCAAACCGCUGGUGUCUCUCCAGAAGCUUGUGUUGCGUGAAAACAACAUUGAGAGAAUCCGUCCCGCACCUUUCUUUAUAAACAUGAGAAGUUUGAACAUUCUGGAUCUUUCUGGCACAAAAGUGAAGAGCAUCUGUGAGGAAGAGCUGCUGAACUUUCAAGGCAAACAUUUCACACAUUUCAUCUUGUCCUCGAUGAAACUACAGAACAUGAAUCAGUUCUGGUCAGGAUGGGACAAGUGUGGAAACCCGUUGAAGAACAUGUCCAUAGGUACACUUGACCUCUCUAGAAACGGCUUUGAAGUGAACACGGCCAAGAGAUUUUUUGACGCCGUCACUGGAACCAAAAUCAAAACUCUUGUUCUGAGCGACCGCAGCAUUGGCAGAUCUUCUGGUUUUAACGGUUCAGAAGAUCCAGAUAGAUUCACUUUCAGAGGACUUCGGGAAAGUGGUUUGAAGGAUUUGGAUAUGUCUGGAUCAAGUGUCUUUGCUCUAUCGCAUUCAGUGUUUGGUUCUUUGCCGCGUCUAGAACAAAUGACAUUUGCACAAAAUCAGAUCAACAAGAUCGAAAACAAUGCAUUUUUGGGUGUGACGCAUGUAAAAACGCUAAACCUGUCCAGAAACUUCUUGGGCGUCAUUGAUCGUGACACCUUUAAGAAUUUACCUAAACUUCAAGUGCUUGAUGUGUCCUACAAUCAUAUAUGGAAACUCAGACAUGGGUCACUUGAAGGACUUUCAAAUCUGAAGAAUCUCUAUUUAACAGGAAAUGUUCUCGAAUCCACACAUGAAUGUGCAUCCCUACCGAACCUGGAGAAGCUCUACUUAGGUGAAAACAAAAUUACAAUUUUACCCUACGAAUUGCCCAUCAUGUCUAGAAAUCUCACAACCCUUGACAUGAAUUCGAACAAACUGACUUCUAUGACAGUGUUAUUCGCGAUACUAGAGGGAUUUCCUCAAAUGCUGGAAAUCAAUCUCCAAAACAACGGGUUAGUGGAUUGUUACGAUCAGGCUCACACAGUGCCUCCACACAAACUCCAAAUCCUCAAUCUUGGAACAACAAAUAUGGAGUUUUUCUGGUCACGUGGAAAAUGUUUAGACAUCUUCGAACAUCUUCAUCACUUACAGCAGCUCUCUCUGAGCCUCAAUUUAUUACAAUCCCUCCCUAAAAACAUCUUCAAGGAUCUAACAUCUCUGACCUUUCUAGAUUUGUCCUUCAACUCUUUAAAGUACCUCCCCACUGGUAUAUUCCCCGAAAGUCUACAGAUUCUUAAUCUGGAAUAUAACUCCAUUUAUUCAGUGGAUCCGCAUCUCUUUGGUUCUCUCACGCAUCUCAGUCUGAAACAAAACAAGUUCCGGUGUGACUGCACCCUGAAGGACUUUCAGACGUGGCUAAAUGAGUCUAGAACCAUCCUCGUUCAUCCUGCUGAAGACGUGACGUGUGCCAGUCCUGAAGAUCACUACAUGAUUCCUGUUUUGAGUUCCAGCAUACAAUGUGAAGACGAGGAGGAUGAAAAGGGCGUUGAAAAUCUGAGAUGUGUGCUUUUUAUUGUCUGUGCGGCCUUCGUCGUGUUACUCACCGCCAUCACCAUCAUUUACAUCCGUUGCCGUGGUUACGUCUUUAAGAUUUACAAACGACUCACAGCCAAGCUUGCAGAUGAAAAAUUAAACCUGAUGGAUCCCGAAGCGGAUGGGUUCUUGUACGACGUGUACGUCUGCUUCAGUUCCGAUGAUAUAAAGUGGGUGGAGAAAGCACUUUUGAAGCAGCUGGACUCGCAGUUCUCGGAUCAGAACGUCCUUCACUGCUGCUUUGAGGAGCGAGACUUCAUACCCGGAGAGGACCAUCUUACCAACAUGAGAAACGCUAUUGAGAGCAGUCGGAAAACACUCUGUGUGGUGUCGGAGCGCUUCUUGAAGGACGGCUGGUGUUUGGAAACCUUCACACUGGCGCAGUGCAGGAUGUUAGUUGAGCUGAAUGAUAUUCUGCUUGUGUUGGUGGUGGGGAACAUCCCCCCGUACAGGUUACUCAAAUACCAACAACUAAGAACCUACAUCGAGAACAGAAGAUUCCUCGUGUGGCCGGACGACAGUCAGGAUUUACAGUGGUUUUAUGAGCAGCUUAUACUCAACAUCAGAAAAGACACAAAGGUGAAACGAACAGAAGCCAAAGCAGACGGGAGAGAGACUGAAGCAACAAGCGUUCACGAAGACACUGCAGUUUGAUUAUAGUUACAGAAGAUUCAUCACCUUAGCAGACGAAGAGUGUUAAAGGGACAGAUUACCCCAAAAUGAAUAAUUUACUCACCCUUAGAUUGUUCCAAACCUGUCUUAAUGUCUUUGAGCUGCUAAACACUAAGAUCAAAUCCACCAUUGACUCACAUAGUAUUUAUUUUCCCUACAAUGGCAGUCAAUGUGGGAUGAGAUCUGUUUGGUUACUGACAUUUUUCUAAAUAUCUUCCUUUUUGUUUUGCUAAACAAAGAAAUGAAUUCAGGUUUGGAACAACCUGUGGGUGAGUAAAUUACAGAAUUUUAAUUUCCGGGUGAACCGUCCCUUUAACAGGACAAAAUGUUUGAAAGUUAGCACAGCUAAGCCUCCAACAAGUUAGUUUUUCUCUCUCAUCUGACCUAAAGAGAAGAACCGUGAUGUGAUCAUGACACAUCUUUCAAUCUUUAAGAAAUCACAAUGCAAACACAGUACAAGCAAAGUCGCUUUUAAACUAAUAUCUUGAACACUGUUUUGAUGUCGCUUGACGAUUUAAAGAAAUCUGACAAAUUAUUUCACUCUGUAAAUAUGGAGAGCUAAUUUUCCUAGAAUUGAUUUUAAUUUUCUAAAUAACUCCAUUCCUCGCUUUGCUCCUGGGCCUUCACCAAGAUUUAUUUUGAUUCGAGCUCCGUUUUCCUCUUUGUAUAAUGACAAUCUAUGUAUAUAAAAUGCAUUAAAUUUUGAUAUAUAAUUCUCUUACCUUCCACACGUAAACACGAAUACUACAGACACCACUUUCUAUCAUUCCACAGGUGUUGCACAACCUUGCACAAAGAUCUGUGGCUUAAUUCGAGACAUUUCAUUUUUCAUAAUGUUGUAUUUGUUAAUGGAUUAGCCAACAUAAACUAACAAUAAAGAAUACUUCUACAGCA